GGGGGCGGAGCCGGCGCUGGGAAGGGCGCGGGGAGCACGUGCCCGCAGUGCGGGUUUGCGGCGCUGCAGGAUGUCCAAGCCCAAGGAGCUGGCGGAAACCACCAGUUCGGGGAGCGACUCCGAGCUGGAGAAGGAGAAGGAGAAGAAAAGGAAAAAAGAGAUGCCCUCCAAGCCGGAGAAAAAGCCCAAAACCGAGGCCAACAGCUCCAAGGCGGCGACAAAAAGCCACGGGCAAGACAGCGAGGAAGAGGGCAUGUUCCAGAUUGGGAAGAUGCGCUACGUCCGAGUGUCCUGCUUCAAGGGGAAGGUCCUGGUGGAUAUCCGGGAGUUUUACAUCGAUAAGGAAGGAGACACGAAACCCGGCAGGAAAGGCAUCUCCCUGUCGGCAGAGCAGUGGAACCAGCUGAAGGAGGUUAUUCCGGAGAUCGACGCUGCCGUCAAGAAAUUCUAGACGGAGCCUGCUUGGAAAGCCUGUCUUUUUGCUUGGUUUUUUCCCCCUUGACGCGUUUUCCUUCUUAAUUCCCAUUCCCGCGUUUUGCUAAUAAAGCCAGCCUUUUGGUCUGCAGCUUCCCACCCCUGGGCAGAGCUUCAUUGGCUUAGGUCGGGAUGGUGCUUACAGGGCAAGAGGUGGCUUCAGAUUUGAAAGGCAGCACGAGACGCUGGCCUCGCGGCCUGGGCUUCAUGGAGGCAUCUGGCUAAAUCAUUCGGGCCUGACCGACUGCUCCAGCCUGGUGCUGCCUUCCACCUGGUUGACUAUUUAGCAAGGAAGUUCAUCCAGGCACCCAACGCCCGCCCUCCACCCCACUUAGGUCCGCGAAUCGUGUGCACGGCACUCCGGCUAUUUCCAG